UCUCUGCGCCACCAGCAGGUGUCACUGCUGUGCUUCAUAAUCUAAUAUUUUAAGGCAGUCGGUGAAACGUGCACUGAGACUAUUGGUUCAGUUUCACGACUAUAAAUAUUCAUGACAAAUUUAGAAAUUCCCACUUCUCCGUCGUUCUAUCGGAAACGGGCUCCGGGAGACAUGAUGCAACCAAGAGAAACGUCCACACGUGAUUAAAACUCACGGGAAGAGGAUGGAGGCUCAUUUACAUAUUCACUUCUGCUGCUUUGCAUAGUGGUGAGGUCUUCGGGUUAUUAAUGGAAACAAAAGUAGUUUUUGGGGGGUCACGGGUCUCGUUUGGGUUGAAUAUUUAAUGCGAGUCAUAGCGGGCUCGUAAAAUUCUCGUACCUGUCCUCCCGUGGGGGUUUUUCCCGUUAAGGGAGGCGUCGUGACGCGCAGGGGAUUUCCACUCCCUCCGCCGCUGCGCACAAGGAGAGAGCGAGAGAGAGAGAGAGAGAGAGAGAGAGAGAGACGCACAAAACUACAGCAGCCUAAAGUUCACUCAUCAUUCUACACAUGGCCUCGGAUCCAACGAACUCCUCCUCGCGGGUCGGUUCACACAUCCACAGCCGGAGGGUACACUGAAGAUCCGCGUCCAGACCUGAUCCACCACCGGAACCAAAAGUUUCCAGCGACCAGAGCGCACCGCCAUUUAUCCUGUUGGACGGAGUUCAGGGGCUCCAGGCGGACAUCACUGUCUCCUUGAGGGACUCUUCAUAUGCGAUGAAAGACAUGGAUAUCUAUGAUAGUCAAGGGCUUUUUGUUUGUCCUGCAGAGCAGCCUCUCACAGACUUUGAACUUGUUGAAGAAGUUCUCCGACAGGAUGAUAUGUGGACUGUUGACCCCCUUCCCGGACCACCUCGUCCUCCUGCCAGCUUCCUGGUCGAGAAUCAUAGCCCAAACCACAGGAUGUCUCGGCAGACCUCCUCACCGCCGUCCCAGCAGCCUGUGCUGGUCCCAAGAGGCACUGGAUGCACACCAUCCUACAACUUUCACAACACUCCACCCUUGCAACCGUCUUGCAGUUCCAGGGAAAUGAGUUCAACUCCUUCUUCCAGGGAAUCCUCCUCGCGCCACGGUCGAGGCUCGUUGACCUCAAAGAGCUCCGCCGUCUGUAUCCAGUCUUCUCAGAAUCUGUCAAGCGCAGAGAUGCUGGAGCGGGUCCUGGAGAAGCCGACGCUGGUGGUAGUGGAGGAGCCCAAAGACAGAGGGAUGAGGUUUCGCUAUGAGUGCGAGGGGCGUUCGGCGGGCAGCAUCCUGGGGGCGUCUAGCACUGAUACCAACAAGACGCAGCCUACAAUAGAGAUUCAGGGUCCCAUUGACCACAUUAAGAAGAUCGCGGUCACCGUUUCCUUGGUGACCAAAGACCUUCCACACCGGCCUCAUCCCCACUGCCUUGUGGGUAAAGAUUGCCCUAAUGGGUCAGGAAUCUGCGUCGUCUCGUUGAAUCCUCAUAAUAACCGACGUCACAGUUUUUCCAACCUUGGUAUCCAGUGUGUGAGGAGGAAAGAACUGGAUGCUUCACUUCAGAAGAGGAGAAGCCAAAAUAUCGACCCCUUUAAAACUGGUCAUUCAAAGGGAAUUGAAGACAUGGACAUGAAUGCUGUGCGUCUCUGUUUUGAGAGUGAGCUUGAGUGGGAGGACGGCAAAAAGGACUCUCUGUACCCGGUGGUGUCCAAACCCAUUUAUGACAAAAAAGCCACAACUACAUCUCAGCUGAAGAUCACUCGAUUGAACCUGGACCGAGGCUCCUGCAUCGGAAAGACAGAGGUCUACAUGUUGUGUGACAAAGUGCAGAAAGACGACAUCGAGAUCGUCUUCAGGCGAGACUCGUGGAAAGCGAACGGGGAGUUUGCACAGACGGACGUGCAUCGACAGGUUGGCAUUGUGUUUAAGACUCCGCCCUAUCAGGACCAGAGCCUCACAGAGGAAGUGGAAGUGAGUCUCUGCCUGCGACGCAUCUCAGACCAGAUGGAGAGCGAGCCUGUUACCUUCACAUACCUGCCUCACAACCCAGAUCCUUAUGAGGUGAGGCGUAAAAGAAAGAUUAAGUCGGACAGAGAGAACCCUUGUGCGACAGAAGAGAGUGUUGCUGCCCCAGAGUCGUCUUUCCACUUUCCACAAACUCAACUUGGCAGUGAUGACAUGAGCCUCCUCACUCAGCUGCUAGAAACACCUGCACUCAUGGAAAUUUUUUCAGACACAAACAUCAUCUCUGCGAUGUCCUCUGGCUUCGACCAAGGGCCUGACGCCAACGCCACAUUUAUGGAUAUGAACUUUAACCAGAACCCUGGUCAGGACUUUACCCAGUACAGCGACUUGCAGUUUAACAGGCUGGUGACAGAGAACUGGAGCUCAGAGCCACAGGACGGUUCCUUCAACAUGGUUCAGGUGAAGAAAGAAGAUGACGAUCAUGACCUAUGAGGAAGAGUCAGUCAGGGUCAUAUACUGUCGUAUUCUUUAGUCAUGUUGGAAAUGUGCUUGUUGCUUUGUUGCCUGGAGUUAAAUGAAAAAAUCAGACCCAUCGCAUUGUUCUUCUGGUGAAUAUGAAACCCAUGUCAGAUGCAAGUUAGCUUAGCUUAGCAUAAUGACAGAGAACAGCCAUGGAUGUAAUACUAAGAUCUUAAUACAUCUACAGAAACAGCAGCUUUCUCUUUAAAAACUGAUAUAACAAUCAUACAUGAAGAGGAGACGGUCAGUUAAUCAGACAGUGUUGGCCAAAAAUUAACCAUAUUCAUUUUAUGACGAACCAGAUAAUUGUUGAAGUAAACGUCUAAGUUUAAGUAAUUAAUACCUGAACUGAUCUGGGUCACUGAACUGUAUUUUGAACUACUGCACUGGUCUACAAUUUUUUAUGAACUCUCAGUCUCAGAUAAAAAAAAAUGUGCUAAACCUUACAUUAAUAGGAUGAAUUGGAAAACAAAUGA